UCAGUAAUGGAGUUGCACCUAGUUAGUCAAAAGAAUGAAAAAAAAAACGUUUUUUCGAUGAUCACAAUAUCUACUAUUGCGUAUCUAUAGUUUCAUUAAAUCUGCAAGUGUAUGUUGAUCAAGAUAAUCAUCAUUUCUUUCCCAACAACAAAUCGAACAGUAGCAACUAUGAGCAAUCAACAUCUAGAGAAAGGAACGAAGGACGAUUAUUUAUUGAAUCCUCUUACUGUAUUAUAACUUUCUUACCUCUCACAACAAAUUUAAAAAACAUGUGAGAUAAUACGAGUUACGAACAACAGCUAAUUGUUGUACGAUUACACUCUUUUUUCUUUUUAUGUCUCAAAAAGUUCAUCGAACUCAAAUCAAAAGAUUAUGUCGAUUCUUUCUAACCGAACCAAACGUAACCGACCGAAUUUUUUAAAAAUCUCGAAUCGAACCGAUUUCAGUUACGGUCGGUCGGUUCGGUUCGGUUAAAAACCGAACCGGUCCCAUCUCUGAUGCUAAUGAAGGAAAUCAUGAAAAAUAUGUUGCGUUUACAUUUAAACAUGAUUUAUUAAAAGCAACACAAUAUACAAUUCAAGUACCUGUAGGCUGCCCAUCAGCUGAAGGUCCAUUAGAGACAACAUCAGAAUGGUCGAAUGAGUGGCAACCAUCUGCUGCUCCUGGUUAUAGUUGGUCACUAACAUUCAAUAAUUCAUUAGAUCAUUCAACAAUUAAUAAAUCAUUAUUCAAAUUCGAACCAGAAGUCAAUAGUUUAGAUAUUGAGCUUACACAAGACAAUGAUCGACAAAUAACAUUUUAUAAUAAUUCCAAAUCAAACACUGUUUAUACACUACUUAUACAAUCAGCAUCAUUGAAAGAUGUUCAUGGUCAAACAUUAGAACAUGAUCAUUCUGAUAAACCAAUUCAAUUUCACGUACAUAACUCGCCACCAUUAAUUGGAAAUAUAUCGGGUGCAACAGGUAUGAUUACAAUGGAUCCUGGUGUAUUAAAUGAACCAUUUUAUCCAUUUAUGGUUUAUAAUUAUUCAGAAGUAACGCUUCGUAUUCAUCGAGUGAAACCAGAACAUUAUCAUCCAAAUUUACCAUGUUUUAAUUCAUACUCUUACACCUAUGAAGGGGGAGAAUGGUAUAAUAAAUUGCCUGGUGAAGAGUUGCUAAAUGAAGUUGUACAAACAAACUGUGAACGUGAUGAACCGAAAGAAAUAAGAGUUCCCUUGAAAGCAUAUUUAACGAAAAACUCUGGAGUAGGUCAAUUAAUUGUAUUGAUUGAACCAACAAAAAAAGCAUUGAAUGAAUGUCAAGACAACAAUUGGCAAUAUAGACAAAUUAUAUCAGUCUGGCUACAAUGUACACGAUUAGCAGUCGAUGUAUUUGUUUCUUCAGGCACGAGCAACAUUUUGACUGCAUGGGUUACUAAAUUAAUGACUGGUGCACCCAUCAAUCAAGCAACUGUUUCAAUAUCGAAUAAAAAAAACGAAACAAAUCAAUAA